UAUAAUUCCCCCCCUAGUAAUCAUCUUCUCUUUUUGCCCCUAUUCGUCUCCUUCCCUCUCCAUUCUUUCUCAACCAUCCAUGGCUGCAAAUCCUUCCCGCCUUAUCCUCCGCCCAAGCCUCAACGUCUAUUUCAACUCCCCCAAUUCUAAAACCCUAACUUUCCUCGACCAUUCUCUCUCCUCUCCACUCUCUCUCCUCGCUCCUCGUCGCAGGCGUUGCUUCUCAAUCGGAACCAGGUGCUUCUCUUCUCUAUCAUCCUCAUCAAUUGAAACUCACAAUGUAAACCCGAGCUCCUCUGAAAAUGGCGGACGUUCGGGCGGAUUUAUGCCGUCUCCGAUCACCGAAACGCCGCAGAAAGUCGAUGUCAACCCCCCCAAAGGUACCAGAGAUUUUCCUCCGGAAGAUAUGCGGUUGCGAAGCUGGUUGUUUCAGAAUUUCAGAGAGGUUUCACAAUUGUUUGGUUUUGAAGAGGUUGAUUUCCCGGUGCUGGAAUCGGAGGCACUGUUUAUUAGGAAGGCUGGAGAAGAAAUCAGGGACCAGUUGUAUUGUUUUGAGGAUCGAGGGAAUCGCCGGGUUGCAUUGAGGCCAGAACUUACUCCAUCAUUGGCAAGACUAGUCUUACAGAAAGGAAAAUCUGUAUCCCUGCCAUUGAAAUGGUUUGCUAUUGGACAGUGUUGGCGUUAUGAAAGAAUGACUAGAGGUCGGCGCCGUGAACAUUACCAGUGGAAUAUGGAUAUUAUUGGAGUGCCUGAAGUUACGGCUGAAGCGGAGCUUAUUUCUGCUAUUGUCACCUUCUUCAAGAAACUAGGGAUCACAGAGGCAGAUGUUGGAUUCAGGGUUUCGAGCAGGAAGGUUUUGCAGGAAGUUUUGAGGUGCUACAAUGUACCUGAAGAAUUAUUUGGAAGAGUUUGCAUAGUUAUUGACAAGCUAGAAAAGAUUCCUCUUGAUGAGAUAAAGAAAGAGUUGAAGUCCGUUGGGAUGUCUGAUGAAGCAAUUGAGGAACUACUGGAGGUCCUUUCUAUCAAGUCUUUGGCAAAGUUGGAAGAGAGACUUGGAACUUCUGGUCAAGUUGUUGGUGAACUCAAACAACUUUUUGCUCUUGCUGAGAAGUUUGGUUAUUCUGAAUGGAUCCAGUUUGAUGCAUCCAUUGUCCGUGGUCUGGCCUAUUACACUGGAAUUGUGUUUGAGGGAUUUGACAGACAAGGAAAGUUGCGAGCGAUUUGUGGUGGUGGACGUUACGAUCGAUUGUUAUCUACGUUUGGAGGUGAUGAUAUUCCAGCCUGCGGUUUUGGAUUCGGUGAUGCAGUUAUUGUGGAACCAAUUUUGCGAGGAGAAAGUAGCUAUAUACUAGGUGCAGGUUAUAUUUGCUUAUUUUUGGCUUUCAAGUAGAACUACAAGAAGUUUAACUUGAAAGGUUUCUCGAAGCUUUCCUGGCUUUUUCCGUGUGGAGAAUUUCAUCUCAUCUUCUUUAAUAUCUACAUUAAAAUGUAUGUAUCCUUUUCUGUCUUUUCCCAAUUAAUCUUUCUGUUACCUUUUCAAGUGAAGAGUUACUUAUUCUCUCCAUUACAUGAUUUACAUAACCCUUUGCUUCUUCCACUCCUACACUUCCUCUUAUCAAUUAUUUUCUCCCUGCUCGUUUUCAAUUUUUUUUUCAUACACAGUUUUUCUUAGAUAUGGGAAACACAGACUGGUACCCAAUUACCCGACUGGAAUUACCAGACAUGAAAUCCCGCUGUACCCAAAAUCUCAUGACCUAACUUUGUCUAACCAAAAUUGCCCCAAGCCAACUUGAUAAUAGACUUGAGUAUGGAACCAAAUCAGUAAGGGAACCAAAUGAUCAUUAGUCAUUUCCCAAAUAUGGCUACUAACAAAAUUACAAAACUCAACUUGUCAGAACAUCCCCUUUUUUACCUCUGUUUUUGUUGAUCUGGGUGCUAAAUGUCAAGAUUGAAUUGAGAUAGGGGCAGUGCAAUUUUGCUCUUUCUCAAUUAUUUUAUUGUAAUCUUGUUUUAAUUAUCUGUCAAAAUCACCUUAUUUCGUCCGUCUGUGUUUCAAAACCUUUCAUAAGAAGCGUUUUGGUGGACACAUGUGACAUACCCAUAAUGGCUUUCCCCCUCAAAGCUUCAGCUGCGGCAAAUUUUAUUGCAGUAAUUUAUGGGGAACAACAUUGCACUCUUCCUCCCUGGCGCCAAAAUUGAAAUGUGGGUUUUUCAACUUCCGUGUUUUGGUAACUCUGUUAUAAUGGUUGCUUACAUCUAAUUUAUUAUCCUAAAAUAGGUUACCCUGUUUACACCUUAAGAUCUUAGCCUAUGUUCUGUUUACUGUCUCUUUCUGUCGUUAACUUUGUUCAAAAUCUC